GUAAAUUAGAUUUAAAUUGUAUUGCUUUAGAUUUAAAUGUAAAUAUUAAUGAGCCUUUUCAAUAUUAAGAUCCUCUUCAAAUGUUCUCACAGGUUAUUUUUGCGAAAAUAAAAUAAAAGAAGUCCUCACGACUGCUUACAAACCCCUCACACUCUAUCCGUGCUCUUACGGGGGCAGGUGAGCAUCUCUAAAUCCUUAACUCGCGUGAAUGUGUUUGUGAUUGACAGGUCUGGCCUGUAAGCCCCGCCCUCGUGGGCCGUCCUUGCAGAGCGAUUAUAUUAACGCCCGCCGGUGCACUACGUUCUCCCAUGAGGACUUUUUAACCGAUAGGAAGUGAUAAUUCUUCUAUCUUUCAUAGACUCUGACACUGACUGAGACUUUCUCCCGAAAGUGUUGCUUAAAUCAAACAGCAGAAGACUUGAAUAAAAAGCUACUCAGUUUAAAGUGACAGAGGCGCCUUACAAUGAAGUUGGAGGUUUUCUCUGCGAGUCGCCUUGUGGACAAGGACCUGUGCAAUGACAUGGACGUGAACGUGGCUUCACCGCUGUCCACGGAGGAAGAAUUGGGCUCGGAUGGAGACUGUUCAGCCAACAGCCCAGGACCAAGUGCCCCCGUUUCGGACGGGAAGGCGAAACCAUAUACGCGUAGACCCAAACCACCAUACUCCUACAUCGCGCUCAUUGCUAUGGCCAUACGCGAUUCCAACACCGGCCGCCUCACACUUGCUGAAAUAAACGAGUACUUAAUGAAAAAAUUCCCGUUUUUUCGGGGCAGCUACACGGGGUGGCGAAACUCUGUACGGCAUAACUUGUCAUUAAACGACUGCUUUUUAAAAGUGCUGCGAGAUCCCUCACGUCCGUGGGGAAAAGACAAUUAUUGGAUGUUGAACCCACACAGUGAAUACACAUUCGCAGACGGCGUUUUCCGCCGGAGGAGGAAGCGCAUUAGUAAGAAGAUCCUGAGCAACUCGGAAUCUCAAGAGCGCGUGCCUACGGAUGACAGCCGGCUCCCAGCGCGCGACGAGAGCUCCAAGUUUUCCAGUUCGUUUGCCAUAGACAGCAUCCUCAGUAAACCGUUUAUGCGGAGGGAGCAAAGCACAGAGGACACGUGUUUUGGUACCAGGCUAAUGUUGUCAGCAGCUCCGCACUUUCUGCCAGUCGUUAUGGGCUAUCCGCCCUCCACAGGGGCUCAUGCGCCUCAGACCGGAAUCCAGGUCAGUUCUGAGGUGUCGAAUGCCUUUCCAAUCUACAGGUGUAAUACGGUGGACAUUACUAACAUCAGUCGAAUGCCGGACAUGCCGAAUUCCCUUCCGGGUUUGGCACAUUCUCACACUACUACUGUUCAAGAAACUGGAUAUCACCCCUUCAGAAUAGACUCUCUGCUGUCAUGAAAUGACAAGUGAACAAGGCAAUUUACAGACAAUAACACGCUUAAACGCAGUUUCUUUGGUGUUUGACACACCAGUUAUGUGCACUUGUUUCUGUUAUGCUAAACGGUUUGUGUUUUUGGCCUAUGUGCUUUAUUUUUCAUGAUUUUAAGCCCAGCAUGCACAAAGAAUACAUACUGCAUGUUUGCUGUUUAGAUGUCUUCUAUCAAUGCCUCGCCAGUGUACAGUGUUUACUGAUUCCAUUUUCAUUUCUUGUAAACGAUGGCAUAACCAUGCCAAUAAUUAUAGACAGAAUGUGUAUUUAAAUGUAUGUGUAUUUAAAUGUAGUUUGCUUCUUUGUAAAACUGUGUUGGGUUAUAAGUGUGCCGUGUUUCAUGUCUGUGUGUAAAUGUGAUGGUUUGUUUAGAGCUGUGCUCAGAACAUAUGCAGUUGUACUUUCGUCAAUAAAGGAAAAUAUGAGAGAAAUUA